AUGUGGCAAAUGUUUCAUGGAGCUCUCAAAAAUUCAAAAACACUAGAAUUUAUACAAAUGAAAAACCUUACAAGUUUAAAGAAGCAUCAUAGAAUUCACACAGGACAAAAAAAUAAUAAGUGUGAAGAAUGUGGUAAAUGUUUCUUACAAUCUUCCAUUUUACUGAAACACCAAAAUUCUCAUAAAAUAGAAAGGCCUUACAGGUGUGACAUAUGUGGUAUUCAUUUUGGACUACGGAGCACUUUAAGAAAUCACAUUAGAAAUCAUACUGGAGAAAAACCUUACAAGUGUGACAAAUGUGGUAGAUGUUUCUCUUGGGCUUCCAGUUUACGGAUACACCAUAAAAUUCAUACUAGUGAAAAACCUUACAAGUGUGAUAAUUGUGGCAAAUUGUUUAGGGAACUUAGCUAUAUCACAAGACACAUGAGAAUUCAUACAGAAGAAAAACAAGUGUGGUUAAAUCCAUCUCCCACCAUGAGGGCAAUGGUUAUCAAUUGUCUAACUAUUGAUUUCAAUCCCAGUGAAACUGCAACAGAUGUAGGCUGCACAUACAAUCCUACCACUCAGUACUUUGAGGUUUCUUGA